AUGGUAAGGCCCGUGACUGGGUUCGCUCUUGCGUUCGAGUCGCCGGAGCUCCGCGCGGAUCGGAUGGACCUGAGAGCAGCAAGCGAGAAGAUCCGGCAGAAACUGCGCCCUUGUCUGUCGAGGGGCCCAUCCAGCACCAAGCAAGAGCACUUGAGCUGA